CGUGAAAGUACAUGCGCAUUACAAAUUGUAUUCGAAACAACGACAGAAGAUCUGCGCAGCACAAAUGAAAACUCGUUAUUCGACAUUACGGUUCUUUCGGGGAAUAAAGAAUAAUGCUUGUACAGACAGAUGACGUAGUGGUAUCUAUAAGAUCGUAGUAAGCUUAGAACGCUGUACGUUGUAGAUCGAGGAAGCAGUGAGAAACAACGGCGGAAGUGGGGAUCGUGCGCCAUUUUCUAUUUUUGCAUAGCAGUGAAUUAGUGUUGUGUGUGUACAUUUUGUGUGAUAAAUCGAUGGAUUAAUAGUAAUUGGAAGAGGACGUGUUGAAGUAAUGAAAUGAUUUUGGGAAACACGUGCUUCGAAACUCGUGCAAUUAAUUUUUUCGUUUGCGUUUGUCUUCUGUAUUACCGUGUGUAAACUUAUAAACUCGUAGCACGUAAACACUUUUUCUUCAUUUCUCUUUUCAACGAGUGAGAGUGGCCGAGCUGUCUAUAUUAGAACUUUACAGGCAGUUAAUAAACGAUCGUUUGUCCUAUUGAAAUUUUUCCUCGCUUAAAGAUAAACUAAAAUAUAGAAGGGAAAACCAGUCUGUGAUACUAAACAGUACUAAGGUAUAUAGCUAGAUAUAAACUCUACAAUUAGAUAUAUGUAUGUAUGGCAUAUGAGACGUAGAUAGAUCACAUAAAAGAUCUAGAAAAAAAAUUAAGUCUGUACAGUGAGUGCUGUGAAUUUACCUUAUUCGAAGAAUAAAGGUGAUAGAGAGCAGAAUGUCUCAAGAAUCUGUGACAAUUGACAAGCAACUACCAACUCCAAAAGAUGAAGGAGAUGAAGCAAUUAUAUCUAUGUCGGUGGCUGGGGAGGUAACCGACACUUCAAUUAUGGAAAUGGGCCGUUCAAGACCUCAAUUCCAAUAUUCCCGGGAAGAAUUAAUGGUGAUAAAGAGUUUGCCAUUAUCUAAGCGGAGACCUGACUUCUUAGAUACCUCAUAUAAUAACUCACGUGGUGUAUGGGAUCCUGAACGUUGGCAUUCAGGUAGGAAGCGUAGUGACACUCUUCCAAAAGAUGAAAGAACUGGCCGUACUGAUCAAGUUACUGAAAACCAUACUAAGCGUCGGAAUGGGGAUCCUCGAGAACGAAUUCGUAAAGAGCAAGAUGGUAUAGUUUUGAGCCCUCAGCGAAGAAGUUUUAAUUCAGGUUGCUUUGUUAACGUAAAUCAACCGUCGAAUAGACGUCCUGAAAGUCCGAUAGGAAAAACGGAGGUCAGCCAUAGAGAAUCUGUUCGACGAAUCGGAAGCGGUAGAAUUUUAACUCGAGAUAUAUGGGACUUUAGACCUGAAAAUGAGAAGCUUGAACCUGCUUUUCGAUCUGGGCCCAGCGGUGGAGCCUCCAUUCGUGAUCGUGAUAAUAGAGAUACGCGUGAUGGAAAGGAUCGAGAGAAUGUGAGGGACAGAGAUCGUGAACGCGACAACUUACGCGAUCGGGAUGAUCGGAACGAACGCUUUGAACGGAGAUCAUUUGGUCGCGACUAUAGAGAUAGGGAAAGAGAACGGGAUCGGGACAGAGGAGUUGAACGUAAUGAUCGUAAUCAUCGAUCAGACCGUGAUAAAGAUCGUGGACGAGAGCGAAGAUUUAGUAAUGAUCGCAGGCGAACUUACAGCGAAAAUCGUAACGAUGCGGAUGAACCAGAAUGGUUUAUUUCUGGACCAACGUCUCAGCAUGAUACCAUCGAAUUAAGAGGAUUUGAAGAUAUUCCCGAGGAAAAAGUAGUAAACAAUAACAAUGGUAGCACUAAAAGUAAAAAACAACCAGCAGUCCAGAAAAAGCGUGGUAAGAAGAAUUCGUCAGAGAAGGAUGAAAAGCAAACCGAAAAUUCAGCCGGUCCGAAGGGUCGUAGCACACCGACAACGAUGGACCAACCUAUAAAUGUUGUAGCUGCGCCACAUUCACCCAUUUCAGAACAACACGAGUCGUCUUCAGUUACACAGAAAGCGAAUCACGAUUCCAGCGAAAGCACUGUAGCAGAACAAAGUUGCGAAACCGCGGGUAUAGAUAACUCUAGUACUGUUAAUCAAAAUCAAGAAGACAGUCAUCCUGAUUUCAACCUUGACGAGUUCUUAAAAUCAGAUACGUUGCCUGGUGUUCCUGGGCUUUUAACUAAUGGAGUCGGUUCAAAUGGUGGUUCCUGUUCUCGAUUUAGUCAAUGGUUUAAAAGAGAAAGUCCAGUUCAACAACUCGAUAGUCGCAGGACUUCUAUACAAGAUGAUAUACUAAAUAAUCUUCUGAAUGAUAUUACUGAGCCAAAUAUUCAAAUUCCAUCAGUGACAGAGUCCAAUACCUAUUUUACUCCUAUUUCCCCUGCCAAUACAACAACAACAAAUAAUACUACAUCCACUACUGGAGUAAAACUGUUGGAAAUGCUGCAACGUGGAAACAAAUCAACACAAAAUGGACAAGGAGAUGCUGCUAGUACUGUCAUACCAUUGAUAAAGAAUACAUCCAUUAAGGAUAUGGAAGUUGGUGGAAAGGUUGUGCAUAGUUUGGAAGAAUUAGAAGCACGUAUGCGAGGUGGUGCUCCCCUACCCACAUCUUCGACUGAUCAACCUCGUGUAAAUAAGACUGAAGAAGAUCUCUCUGCUUUUAAGAAAUUGCUUGCUCAAGUAACUGGAGGACAAGCUAUACCAGCAGCAAACGGUCCUAUUUCUCAAAAACAACCUGUGACAUUAAUACAGUUGCUUAAUUCACAACUGAAAACUCAACCAAUUGCCCCCCAGCAAUCGGUCCCAGAACCAAUGCAUGCUACGACAUUCAAUCAUAUUGGUUCUCUUGGACCAACUCAACACCCGCACCAAGCACAAGUGCAACAUGAAAAUCUAAUGAAAGUGUUACAAAUUCAACAGCAGCAACAACAACAGCAGCAGCAGCAACAGCAGCAGCAACAACAACAACAACAGAAACAACGACACCAACAACAGCAGCAACAUUCUGAUAUGUUACCAAUGAUAAUGAGUGGUCAGCGAAUGUUAGGAAUGAGCCCUGUACCUCCAGAAAUGCAAAUGAUGCUUAACAAUGCUCCUACCAGUCAAGAAUUGUUACAAAGACCUGAAGCUCAAGCCAUUAUUCAAGGUCUUCAGCAAGGAGAAAUAACAAGACAGCAUCUUAUACAACAGCUGCAGAAUCCAGCAAUGCAACACCGUCACAGGGAAGUUCUAGUAAAUAUUUUAAAGAUGUAUGGUGGUACUACUUCUCGUACAGUAAGUCCGCAUCCUAGUGCACCUACUCCUCAAGAUCACAUCUUGCAACAGAUGUUGUAUCAGCAGUUACAACAAAGAAUUCCAUCCCCUAUGAAUAAUGUGAUGCAGCAUAGAGUUCUCUCACCGCGGGAGAUUGUUAUGCAUACUCAAUCUAUAAUGCAAAGUGCUUUAAUUAAGAAAAAAUUGGAGGAGCAACGUGAGAAUUUCCGUAAGCGGCAGGAUCAACAGCAGCAGCAACAGCAACAACAACAAACUCAAAGAUCGUCAAGCCCUGUUAACUCUCCGGCGAAGCAGACCAUGAGCCCAACACCGCUCGCUUUUACCCCAACAUCGGUGUUGCGUAAAAUGACUGCUGAUAAGGAACCUGAGGGUAAUACUAAUGAUCCAUCAAAGAUGGGAGUUCAGUCUCAGUCAUCACAAAUGCAACAAAUGCAAUCUGCAGUUCAAUUAUUAACACAAGCAGUGCUUUCUCGACAUAAUACAUUACGGCCACAGUCCGUUCAAUCAACAUGGUCAAAUCCAACUAUUAAACAACAUCCAGGACGACCAAUAGUAAAAGGUGGUGACGGAAAUGGCGGUAAUCACUUUCAGUACAGUGGAAAUGCAGAUUACCAGCAGCAGCAACCUCAGCAGCAGCAGCAACAACAACAACACAGGACAGUUUCAAGCGUGUAUGGUAACCCCGCACGCUCCAAACAUACUAUGACAAGUUCUAUAUCGCAUCACAAUGUUCCGCAAUACAAUGUUGCUCAGAAUCCUAUGAUAAAUCAGAGGUCAAAUACCAUAAAUAACCAAAUGAAGGUACAACAGGCUCAGUCUCAUCUUGCUAAUAUGCAACAUCAACCUCCACCGCAACAGCAACAACAACACCGGACCCUUAAUUCACAAAUGCAAAUGGUUUUGAAUCAAAACUACAAUUCCAGUCGAGCAGAUGGGCGAGUAAUGCGGUCGCAGCAAUUGAACAUGCCCAUAGGUCGUCAAACAUCGCCUCCACGUAAUGGUGGAGAUCUUUCACACACUUCAAAUCAGUUAGCACGAUGGUUUAGUCCAGAACUUCUCGCUCAGGCUCGGGCUGGUAAGCUUCCUGAGCUUGUCCAGACAAAUGUAUUAUCGUUGGAAGAAUUAGAAAGACUUCAACAUGCAUCGACUACAGUGCAUAAUUAGAUUAACAUUAUAUCUUUUCAUAUGUUCAAUUGCAAGCACAGGAUCCCAUUGGAAAUUAUUGCUCUAACGAACUAUACGUUUUAAAUUAGAUGGCUUUUCAUAUUAAAUGGUAUGAAGAUCUACUACUGAUUAAAAGAACAUAAAAAUCCGGCUUGCAACGAGUCAUUUAGGUAAUGAACCUUAGCGGAUGGAAGGUUUAGUGAAAUAACAUUCAGUUUGGUCAGAAACAUUUUUGGACACAAUAUAGAUCCGUUGAGUAGUAUUUCCUUUGUGUGGAAAUAUCAUUUUUGAGUAUCUCUCACGACUUGUUUGUAACAAAUUUUACAAGAUAUGUUAACUAAAAGCGAUAAAUGUACAGAGGAUAUGGAAUAUGGUAUAAGAUUGAAAAUAAUUACAACAAAAUGAGCCAUUUACCGACAAGAAACGAACAGCUUUCUAUUAAAAAAAAUUAUUGCUUAUAAGACUGAAGAACGUGAAGAUUCUUACUAUUGACUAUGAGGAAGCAAAGUACUAUUUUACUAUGCAUAGUUUCUAAACGGUAGUAAAGCGUAAAUUAUUUGCCUAAGUCUGGACAGCAAGUUCUUAUGUAUAAAUUACAGUAUCCUUACGGUUCUAUUUCAAUAAUUACAAUUAUUCAAAUUUAUUGAAUUUUCAGUAUAUAGCUUACCAUGUAUUAAUAAAUAGUAAUAUAAUUAAUUAAUUAGAUAAUGUUUUCUGACCGUUUAUUUGUCAUGUUAUAAAGCUUGCAAAGUCCUUUAGGUAAAUAAUAUUGUCAAAACCUUCAAAAAAGUUGCAAAUUGCAGCACCCACGAGUACAGUUGCAUAUACAGAGAAAAAAAUGUCAUAUAUUAUAUUCUACUUAUAUUAUUAUGAAUAAUGCAAGUCGCAUGAAGAAAAAUGGACAUACGAAAUGAAAUAAUGAAAGCGAGUACUCAUCAAGUCUUGCAUAUAUUAAGAAAAUAAAUAUAAUAUAUACUUUGUAGAAAUGUGAGGGUACAGUGUUAUUAUCAUGUUCGAAACUGAAAGUUAGAGUAAAACAAUUCCAAUGCAACCUUGGCAGAUAGUUAGAGAAAGCAUUUGGAGAAUUUAUUAAAAGGAAGAAAUGUAUAAUGACUAAAUCAUUCAUGGAAGAAAGAAAGAAAGAAAGAAAGAACAUUCCACCGAUUAUAGAGGGACGAAGGAAAAUAAAACACGUUUACAAAUUGAAACAAAUUUAAUGUCAACAUUGCUGUCAAUAUGUGUUUACUUUACAAUUAACUUGUUAUUUUUGUGAUUACAUUUUUCGUACAAUCAUAAUAAUUAUAUUCGAUCUAUAGCACGAAUAAUAAUAAUACAGAUACUCGUUUUCCUUUUAUUUCACUUUUUUUUAAUUCGUUACAUGGUUUAUAAUUGAUCUAUAUUAAAGUGUCGCGUCAACUGUACCAAAUUAUAUUUUUUUCCUAAUUUAAAAAGUAUGAGAUUAUUUAAUACGUCCUAAUAUUUACUAAACAUUUAAAAAUCUAACAGAAUAUUGAAAAUUGAUAACACAUAUUUUUGUAUAUUUGUAUUUUGUUAAUGUGUAUGAAGUGACACCUAAAUAGUUUUAUUGAAUUUGGAAUUCAUGGACUAUUGUCAAAUCUGCAUCUUAUUUUACAAUAAUACUCUAUUUAAUAAAACUGAUUUUCAUAUUCGGAAGUACUUGACACGUAUUUUUACUUAUCCAAAAUUUAUUUAUGAUUUGCGCAAAAUUACUAUGAAAUAUUCUAAAAUUAUGGACACUUGGAUUCUGUUGCUAAAGGUUGAUUAUUUCAUUCUAAAAAAUAUCAUAAAUGUAUUCGUUGAAAUUUAUUAUGCAGUUUAUGUAAUUGUACAUUAAGUGUUGAUUACAAAAAUUGCAAGUACAAAAUGUCUUAUGUAUUCAUUAUCACAAAUUCUCGAACUUUGUACAAUGCAAACGACAGUUUUGUAUUAAAUUAGUUCAAGUUACAGCAAACUCAAGCCUAGUAAACGAAGUACUGCAGCCGUGCUGCAGAUUCAAUGUAAUCAAUGAGGAGUGCGAUAAAUUGUUUUGGAAGUUAUUCAGGUACACAACAUCUACUUAGUUAAUAAUAAAAAUUAGAAGUCUCAGUUUCAACAUUUUCAUUGUUCAAAUAUUUCUUGACACGUCAAAGGUGUAAUGUUCAGAUAAUAGUUUUGAUUAUCCAAUAAGUUUCUGUUUACCUUCAGACGUUUACAAUUCGUCUAUAAUUGUAUAAAUCCUGCUAUGUAAAAGACAAACACGUUGGAAGUUACUUGCCAAGAAUGUAAUUACUAAAAGCACUGCCAACAACAAAUGUAUCGGUGUUAUUAAUUACCAAAAGAAUAGACAACGGUGAUAUUUGUUCUCAAAUAUCACUUUCAGACAACGUUAUUGCUUUAAAAGAGGCUAUUACGAUUGAAAUUUAUGUAAAAUAUAAUGAAAACGGUAUAAACAAAAUGAUGUUCUUCGCGAAGAAAAUUGCAUUUACGUUAGACUCAUUUUUAAGGAUAGUAAUGCUUGACCAAUAUUUGGUGGAAAGUGUUUCUUACAAAAUUGUAAAAAGAUUUUAAUUCACUUUUUUAAGAAUAAAAAGAUGGUAACAGUGGUUUUCUGCUUAAUUGAUCGUAGACAACAAAUUGAUCUGUCUGCGGUAAAUUUCUGGACUUCAAGGAUUGUUUCAUAAUUCAAAAAUUUUUGUAAAUAACUCAAAUUCUAAGCAAACUAAAGUUUAUUGGUUCAUGUAUUGAGCCAGUAAUUUGUAAAUAAAGUUACUAAAUAUUACAUUAUGUGAAAUCGAGGGAAACGUCACAAAUAAAUACAAAGAACUGUAAUUGUAA